AUGGCUCGGAUGGAAGAAGGUGUAACGAAGGCCGCUGCCAAAUAUACUGAAGGCUACGAGGCUCUCGUUCACCUCAAAGGCAAACGUUACGCUCCCGAGUUUCAAAAAUUGGACAAGGCCCAUUUGAACACUCAGAUCGAAAUCGAGAGUGACGAAGAUGCAGCAAGAAGCUUACGAACAGCAGACGGAUCGCGACCUACGAGAGAGGAGACUGCUGCAAAAAAGAAGAAAACCAAGACGGCACCAAUUUCCUGGAUUUGGGCAGCAGGCGGGCAGGCCGACGGGGUUGAACUUCAUGACUCUAUGCGUGUCGAGUGGGCAAAAGCACGUGCACGGAAGGAACGCUGGAACGAGGAGGUUGAAUUGUUGCGAGAGGAGAUGAAGCGGGUCAUGCGAUCAUUGAAGUGGGAGGCUUCAGAAUGGCAAAAACGAGCCGACGAAGUUCGUUCAGACGUUGAUGGAACGACGGCGGCUGGAAUCCGAGCUUAUGCGCUGCGUAACGUGUACCUGCAUACUGAAUUUAUAGUGCGCUUUCGAGAGGAGUGGGACAAAACAAUGGGAGCUGCUGUCCGUCAUUGGGCAGCAGAGGAGGAGCAGGAAAUAUUAGAGGGAACAUUUAUGGCAGAGGGAAUGUAG